GGGGCGGUGCUUGUUGGGGCGGGGCUCCCGCCGACCGGUGCCGUGGUCCCGCGGCGGGCGGUGGCGGCAGCUCGGGCUCCAUGUGGCGGACGUUGGUUGUGGCGUCCGCCUUCUUCCCGGGGCUGUUCGCUCUGUGUGUGCGGGCACUGCGAUGGGCAGCGCCGGGAUGGAGCAUCAAGGACCGCGUCCUGCUCAGCGGAAGGCUGGUGUCGACUGUGCAGGCCACGAUGGCCACGGUGUCGGGCCUGACCGUAGUGCUAAGCUGCCGGGAUGUGGUGAACGACAGGCACUGGUUGGCUGUGGAAUACGUCUGGGUCCUGGUUCCCUACAUGACUUAUGACAUCUACGUCAUGUACCUCUGCCACUGGCACAAGAGCCAAGAGAAAGGCAUAGUAGAGAGGAAGCACUCGCUGACCAGUGUGUGGAGCUUCCUCCUGCAGGACCGGCUGAUGGUCACCCACCACCUCUUCAUCCUCAUCGUGCUCACCCCUAUCACCCAGCACUUCAGGGGAGAGCUGGGGGAUUUCUUCGUGGGCUGCAUCUUCACAGCAGAGCUGAGCACUCCUUUUGUAUCGCUGGGCAAAAUCCUCAUGCAGCUGAAGAUGCAGGACACGCUGCUGCACAAGGUGAACGGGAUCCUCAUCCUGGUGACUUUCUUCCUCUGCCGUAUUCUCCUCUUCCCCUUCAUGUACGCAGCCUAUGGCAGGCAGAUGGGAAUCCCUGUUUACAUGGUGCCUUUCCGCAUCCCCCUGCACUGCAACAUAGCCAACGCCUCCCUCAUCGCCCCGCAGCUCUACUGGUUCACACUCAUCUGCCGCAAAGCCGUCCGCCUCUACGGCAGCUCACCUGCUGACAAGAGCAGGUAAUGGCUGGCGGAGCACGAGGGCUGGAGAAGGGUUGUUCCCCCCCACAGCUCUUCUGCCUGCAAAGUCAGAGCUGCAGGAACCAUCGUGGGAGCACAGCAGCAUCGAUGCCAUGAGGCAGCCCUGCUGUCAGCAGUGCUGGUCUCAACUAGGGGGACUUUCCUCCCACGCUGCUCCUGCACCUUGAGCAAGGAAGAGGUCUCCCCAUAAGCAUAACAUUCCUUCUAGGGUUCAAUGCUGCAGCACCAAACUAAUGGUUACAUGAGAAGGGACUGUUACAGAUCCCUCAUCUUUCAGAGCUGAUGGCAGCACAGAGUGAGGCACUGCACAAAGGAUCUCAUGGAGUGGAUGCAGCAGUGUAGGCGAUGCUGGAGCAUGCCCAGCCCCAAGCAGCAGUGCUGGGGAUGUGGGAGCUGCGUGCUGUCCCUGCUGGGCUCAGAUCUGCUCCUCCAGCAGGGAGCAAAACCAGGCCCUGUGAUUCUGCACAGCCUGUUCCCCAAUGGUGCCUUUACACUACAGUUGCAUUCAGCUUCUGACUUGCCCACACCUUGCUGCUGCUGGGCUCAAGCUUACUUAGGACUCUCCACUUAACUCGAAGGGGAUUUUCAGUACCACUGUGAUGUCUGUGGCUGACAGGGAGUAGGGCAGCUCUGGAGCCCCAGCAGGAUCCAAGGAUUGGUUGCACUCUGUCAGAGCAAGCCAGGCAGGCAAGAGCCAUCACUGAAGGGCAGGAGAUUGCAAAGUCCCUAUCCCACCAACACAGAGCCCUUCUAUGGCAGGUGAUGGCUGGUUUCAACCCCCUUGCCUGGCUGCAGUUGCAUAAGGGGAUGGGUUCAUCUGCCUCAUUACCUCUAUCAGGUAACUGAAAGCCCAACAUGUUUCCUUGCCCCUGCUCUCCCUUCAGCUGACACCAGCAGCACUCUGGGUACAGCCUGAGCUCCAGCUCUGUCCUUCCUGCCCCAUCCUGGUCCCCUACAAAGGGAGACCUGCCUGAACCUGGCAGGGAAGGAACUGCUCAGUGCGUGAGGAACCAGCACCACCAGCAGACAUACACAAACUGGACAGGUGCCCUUCUUUCUCUGAACACAGCAUAAAACUGAGCAGCCAGGUCCUCCCCACAGCCUCCUGCACAAGCCUGGAGUUUCCUCUGUUCCAGAGCAUCCAGCUGCACCAGCAGUUGAUAGACCAGCACCCACUCUGUGCCUUUCAUUCUGUCUAAAAGCUAAAAAGGAUGGCUGGAAGGGGCCCAGGCUGGGAGAACCAUUUCUUCUGGGUGUCAGAUCUUGUCCCAGCCAUGGCUGUACAGGCUGGAAAGAAUAAUAAUGAUUUUACAAAAGCCUCUUCCAGCACGCAGUCGGUUAUUGCACAAGCACUACUGUUACAUUAACCAUUGAGACAAGCUGCUGUUAUAAACCGCUUGCUACCCAUUGCAAAUAUUUGUAUAUUGCUGUUUUUAUUACAGAUAAUGUGCCUUAUGUAAAGACAGUCACUGAGGCAUCUCAGUUUGCACUAACACUGCCCUAUUUACUACUGUACCUAUCAGAAGAGAUCAAUAAAGACUUCUUUCUUGAGUCACACCA